GGGCCUCGCAAACACACUACAUGAAGGCGAGUGAAGAUGGCGGAUGUGUUGAGCGUUCUCCGUCAGUAUAACAUCCAGAAAAAAGAAAUUGUCGCCAAAGGGGAUGAGGUGAUAUUCGGGGAGUUCUCCUGGCCUAAAAAUGUCAAGACCAACUACAUAAUCUGGGGCACUGGCAAAGAGGGCCAACCCAAAGAGUACUAUACUUUGGACUCCAUCUUAUUCUUGCUCAACAAUGUGCAUCUGCCGCAUCCCUCGUAUGUGCGAAGAGCUGCAACGGAGAACAUCCCUGUUGUCAGACGACCCGAUCGAAAGGGAUUGCUGUCCUACCUCAAUGGCGAGAGUUCGACGUCAACGAGCAUUGACAGAAGUGCACCCAUAGAAAUAGGUCUUCAAAGGCCGACACAAGUUAAAAGAGCUGCUGAUGAAGUAUCUUCUGAAGCCAAGAAACCAAGGAUUGAGGAUGCAGAACGAGUGCGUCUGGACAAGGAGCGCCUGGCUGCCCGACUGGAGGGCCACAAAGAAGGCAUUGUGCAGACAGAUCAGAUCAGAUCACUGUCUGAGGCUAUGUCGGUGGAGAAAAUCGCAGCCAUCAAAGCCAAGAUUAUGGCCAAGAAACGUUCAACCAUUAAAACGGAUCUAGAUGAUGACAUCACGCUGAAGCAGAGAAGCUUCGUGGAUGCAGAGGUGGACGUCACCAGAGACAUUGUCAGCCGCGAGAGGGUUUGGAGGACUAGGACAACAAUCCUGCAGAGCACCGGAAAGAACUUCUCGAAGAACAUCUUUGCCAUUCUUCAGUCGGUGAAAGCCAGAGAAGAAGGGAGAGCACCAGAGCAGAGACCAACACAGAACACUACCCAAGCGGACCCGUCAUUGAGGAACAAGCAGCCUGUCCCAGCCGCCUACAACAGAUACGAUCAGGAGCGAUUCAAAGGAAAAGAAGAAACUGAGGGUUUCAAGAUCGAUACCAUGGGCACUUACCACGGCAUGACCCUGAAGUCUGUGACGGAAGGAGCAUCUGCCCGGAAGGCCCAGACUCCGGCGCUGCAGCCAGUAGCCCGUCCAGUUUCACAAGCCAGACCUCCUCCAAAUCAGAAAAAAGGAUCCCGAACCCCCAUCAUCAUCAUCCCUGCUGCCACCACCUCCCUCAUCACUAUGCUCAAUGCUAAGGAUCUUCUGCAGGAUCUCAAGUUUUUUACGUCAGAGGACAAGAAGAAGCAGGGCAUCCAGCGGGACAACGAGGUUCUGCUUCAGAGGCGCAAAGACCAGAUCCAGCCCGGCGGCACAACACUGAGCGUUACCGUUCCCUAUCGUGUCAUCGAUCAGCCGCUUAAACUGGCUCCACAGGACUGGGAUCGAGUGGUGGCCGUGUUUGUGCAGGGUCCUGCGUGGCAGUUCAAAGGCUGGCCGUGGCUGUUGCCCGACGGAUCGCCGGUCGACAUUUUUGCUAAAAUUCGAGCCUUCCAUUUGAAAUACGACGAGGCAAAGACGGACCCUAACGUGCAGAAAUGGGAUGUGACCGUCCUGGAGCUGAGCCGCCACAAACGCCAUCUUGACCGACCGGUCUUCUUGCGCUUUUGGGAAACCCUCGACAGAUACAUGGUGAAGCACAAGUCUCACCUCCGGUUCUGAGCUCAGAUCGGAGUUUCUCUCUGAAACUCGCUCAUCCUUCCAACUCUGCACGGUCCACAUGUUUUCCAAGCAACCAAACCAUCCUCCAAAAUAAACCCAAUUUUAUCUGGAGGAGGGGGCCAGAACAGCCAAUGGACUUCCUUGAAAACUCCCAAAGCCUUGUGCUGGAGUUUUCCCCCUGAACAUGAAAAAAGGUCGUUAAUGGGUUUUCUGUUUCAGCUUCUGUUGCUUUUUUUUCUUUCUUUCUUUUUUUUGUUUUAAAGUUUCCAGGAAGUUUAACUGAAACACCAAAUUAUGUUUGAUAUAAAAAAAAAAAGCUACAGGCUGAAAACCAUUAAAAAGAAGUUACCAAACGACACAAAGUGGAUCAAUAUUUGCUUAUUUUCUGGCGGGUUUAUCAGGGAAAUGGUUAGUAUUGGCUCAGAACUGUUCAGAUUGAGAAAAAUGACUGCAGAGCCAAGUUAGAGGACAGACUCUAAUAACUUUGAUUUAGUGUGUUUGUGGUCAGAAUGUACAUACAUGAUAAACUUGUGAGAGCCAACAUUCUGAGCAGAGAAAGCUGCAGGUAGCGAUUUGUUUGUCGAAAGCCUGCUCUGGCUCAGUGAACAAUCUCAGUCAGUUCCUACUUGUGUUUUUCAGACCAUCAGCACCUCUACUGGUCAUGUAAUGGCUGUCUUCUUUUUCUUCUUUUCGUGUUGUGCUAGAUAAGAAAAGAUGGAAAUAAUUGCUUUAAUUCAUCACAUGAGAAUGGACAAUAAAGCCUUUGUGAAACAC